CGCGAGACAUCGCACACGAUGGAAUUUUUUUUCAUGGCGGCGCCCUUUCAUUAAGUGUAAUAACGCUGAGCGAGAAGAAAACGAAUACUGGGCUAAGUAAAUAGUGUAGAGCUAUUUCUGUUUUUCUUUUCGCAGACUCUUUUGACCACCUCCAUUAUAUGGAAAUUCUCGGAGAAGGACGCUUGUUUUCACAAACACGACUGUGGCUUCGGUGAGACCCUGACUUCGGCAGACUCCUAAAUAACAACAGCAUACAACAAAGACAUCAGCACAGAUGAUACAGACAUCCAUUGAUUGGUUUUAACUAAAAAACAAUAAGGCCUUGAUGAAAGAAGCUCUGUUAUGGACCAGCAAGACCCAGAACUUACCACGAAGGACGAGGAGGAAGAGGAAUUGCAGAGCAGUCCACUCGCCACUAAUGUCGACCAGCUGUUUGUGGUUAAAACAGAAGACCCGGACGAGUGGUCCUGUGGUCUGAUCUAUCACAGUCCAGAGGAUGGCACAAAGGGGGAGCUCUCAAGCAGUCCACUGCCCACUGAUGACCUGCAAGUAGUCAAAGAAGAAGCGUCUAAUGAAUCGGACUACAGAAUAAAACAUCAGGGACCAGGACUUUACAUAAAGCAGGAGACGGAGGAAGUUUCAGCCAGUCCAUUGACAGCUGAUGUCCGUAAGGUGCUAGUGGUUAAAGAAGAAGUUCCUGAUGAGUGGAGCUUCUCUACAAACCAUAGGAACCCAGAACCUCUCAACGACGUAAAUGACGAAGAGCAUCGCCCAUGUAACGGCAGUAGUGAUUUUGAUGUCAGUUACGAUGACUGGCAGAUAGAAACCACGCGAGAAUUGGAGGAAAAUAAUGAAGUAGAAUUUAACACGCCCCGAAAAUUUUUUAGCUGUACCAUCUGUCGUAAACAGUUCCUCUACCAGGAGUCUUUUCAGAAACACAUGAAAGGCCAUUUAGAAAAAAGUGAUUUCAGCUUCAAUGUUACUGAGAAGGGUUGCAUUGUAAAGCCAAAUUUAGAUUCGGAGACGAUCGAUUCGGAGAAAGCGUUUGGUUGCGAUGUUUGUGGCAAAACUUUCCACCAAAGGUCGUAUCUCUAUAGACACAAGCGAACCCACACAGGAGAGAAAGCUUUUAGCUGCGAUAUAUGCGGUAAAGCAUACAUUGAUAAGUCAACCCUUAGCAAACACAUGAGCAUCCACAGUGGAGAGAAAGCGUUUGGUUGUGAUGUUUGUGGUAAAACAUUCAUCCAAAAGUCCAAUCUUUACAAACACAAGAGAAUUCAUACAGGAGAGAAACCGUUCAGCUGUGAUGUUUGUGGUAAAGCAUUUAUAUACAAGUCUAUCCUCAACGGCCAUAUGUUGGUCCACACAAGAGAGAAAACAUUCAGCUGUGAUGUGUGUGGUAUAACAUUCACGGAAAAGUCCAAUCUCCAUAAACACAAGAGAAUCCACACCGUAGAGAAGUCAUUCAACUGCGACAUCUGCGGGAAAUCGUUCAUCAGCAAGUCGACCUUGAACAGACAUGUGGGGAUUCACGCGGUGGACAAACCAUUCAGCUGUUUGGUCUGUGGUAAGACAUUCCACCAAAAGGUAGUUCUCAAUAGGCACAUGGGAAUCCACACGCUGGAAAAAUCCCUCGAGUGUGACGUCUGUGGCAAAAUGUUCAAACAAAAGGCGCACCUUGCUACACACAAACGAAUCCACACGGGAGAGAAACCAUUUAUCUGCGAAGUGUGCGGGAAGGCGUUCAACCGAAAGGAGAGGCUUUGCUCGCACAACAGAAUCCACACAGGAGAAAAACCAUUUGGUUGCGAUUUUUGCGGUACCAUGUUCAACGACAGCUCAACCCUUAGGAAACACAUGAGGAUUCACACUGGAGAGAAGCCCUUUAGCUGUGAUGUUUGCGGUAAAAGGUUUCGAUUCAGAUCUAAUGUCAAAAAGCACAUGAAUACCCACACGGAAUAGAAAAUCAAUGUUGUGGGAAAGGAUCUGCUUUACUCAUAAGCAUCAAAACUUGUCGCCGUUGUACAAUUCAGCUAUUUGGGAUUAGAAAUGUGGAAUUUAAGGUGCAAACUAAAUAUUUCCUUUUGUAAGACCACAUUUAGAUGAGUAAUGUCGAGGGAAAAGUCCCACACUUCGACGAGACCGCAUAGAAACCUUGAAUCAGCUGUAGUCGUCAUGCCAGGCCACAAUGUGGCGCUGUGAUUUUAGCAUGUCGUCAAAACACGCGCACACACACACACACACACACACACACACACACACACACACACACACACGCUUUUGACACCUCAUUACCUUCUACCUCAUUUAGAAAACAGUGACCCAUCUCCGAUAAACCAAGUGCUCAUGUAUCACAUAUUUAAUCCAUAUCAGAAGUUGCCUUAAGCUGAAAAGGCUAGGUAGCGCAAGUUCCCCUCUGACACCUGGUUUAAAAAACUGCCGAUGUCAGAGACUCCGAUCACUGGAGUUGUGUAAACUUGCAGCUGGAUUGCCACAAAAAUGUUGCAGUUUCACUGAAAACUAGCUCUGUGGAAACAAAGCUUCAGAUAUGGAAAGACAGAUGAGCCUCGCUGUUGAGUUGUGUUCAUACUGCAGAGAAAUGCACCUACUUAUACAGUUUUAUGUCAUCAGCUCAUGUAUGGUGAGAAAUGUUUAUGUACACGAUAAUUCUCAGCUAGGGUUUAACCUCAAAUAUGGCGGUCCAGAUUAACCGCUCAGCGACAAACUCAUAUUGUACAAAUGAAAUUAUUAACAAUACUUAAUGUAGGAUAACACUAAGUAUGACAAAUUUAAUGGUUAAAUUUUUGUAAAUUCUUAGUGUUAGUAGUUAGUGUAUGUCAGUAAGACAUUUCUAGUUAUGAGGACUAUAAAUUACACAUAAUAUAUUAUCAGUCCUUUUUAUGAUUUUUCAAAAUGUUGUACAGAAAUGUUUACUCUAGAAACUGAAUGGUUUCAUUACAAAUUCACAUUUCUGUUCUGGAAAUGUUUAAUUGUACUUAAAUAUUACCUGGAUUCUUAUAGUUUCUUUUAUUUAGGCUACAGUUUUGUAUAUACGUUUGCCUUAAUGUUUAUUUUAAUCGAUUUGCACAGUAUUUAUCAAUGCAUUGUUUUACUUUUCUUAUUUGUUAAAAAAGAACAUAAAGUACUAAAGUGAAGCUCUUUACAGUUAAUACAAGUAGAAGUACAGGGAAGAUUAUAGGAAGUACAUGUCGGAGUUGUAUAGGUCUCCUGCCACAAAACAAAACAAACAACAACAAAAAAAACGAACAUUCUUCCACCACUGCACAUUCAAUCCUGUAUGAUUGACUGGAGACCAAAACAGUAAACUUAUUAAUGUGUAUUUAUUUUCUCAUCCCACACUGGAGACUGGAAUGCUCUGGGUUUCUAACUUAGGCCUCUUCUAUACAAACUCUUCACUAAUUGUGCCGCCACACAUAUGAAAUGCUUAUGCAGCACUAUGAUGAUUUUCUUGAUCACUGCUGGUGAAAAGGCAGCUUACAAGAGACAAAUAACAAUUAUGUCUUUGUGAUGCUAAAACAACCCCAAAUAAUAAUAAUAAUAAUAAUAAUAAUAAUGAUGUGUUUAUGGCCAUGAGGAAAUGUAAGACUGCAAAUCAUGUCAUACUGUUCUAUUUAUGUUUCUUUAUUUUGUCUUCAUUGUUGCCUUCACACCAUAUAUGUUUCCUAUUACCUCUGGUAUAUCUGUAUUUACAAUGUGAUUUUUUUUAGAACAGAGGUCAAAGAAGAAAUUCCACGCCUUGUUUAUGAGUCUUAGCAAUAAAUACCUUUAAAUUUUAAUUUAUGAAAUAGCUGCAUGCUUUGAUUCUAUGUUAACCUCAAUAGUACUGUUCUGUUUCACCAUCACUUACGCAAUUGUAAAGGAAAACAAUAAAAAGAAUUUGGUCACGAG